AUGGCAACCUGUGAUGCAAAGUUUACGUUCACAUCAGCCAGUAUAGGAAGCUAUGGAGGACAAACUGAUGGAGCUUACAGUAUUUUCCAACAAUCAGCCUUCGGAUGUGCCCUUCUAGAGAAUAGAUUGCCACUACCACCGAAAGCCCCUCUGUGGAAUGGAGACACAGAUAAUUUACCACAUUUUUUUGUGGGCGAUGCUGCGUUUCCUCUCAAGGAAAGCUUAAUGCGUCCCUACACUGGCACCCAACUUAGUCGAAGCAACGAAGUUUUCAAUUACCGGCUAUCGCGAGCUCGCCGUGUAAUAGAAAACAGUUUCGGAAUUUUAAAUGCUCGGUGGCGUGUCCUGCGGCAAGUAAUUGACUGUAAUCCAGAAAAUUGCGAGAAAAUUAUGUUGGCGUGUUUAGUUCUGCACAACUUUGUGAUGCUUAACGAUCACAAACUUUGGUAUUGCCCAGACCAAUAUGUGGACGCAUAUAGCACGGAGCAUGGCACAGUAAAUGGAGAAUGGCGUAAUGAAUUGGAAAGUAUUGGUGGUCCAUUGCCAUCAACAACUUCUUCACGACGCAACGCAACUUCUGCAGUAUUUCGUAUUAGGGACAGAUUGACGGAUUUCUUUUUAAAUCAAGGGGCGGUUACACUUUAG